AUGUGCCCGAAGCAAGUUUGGCUAAUUAAUCGAACCAAAUGUACCCACAAGCCAGAAAAAAAAUCUUCAACAGGACACAGAUGUUUCCGGCCCUCCGGGAAGCGCCCACCACCCACGGGUACAGUGUGGGAAUGGGAAGGAGCCGAAGGAGUGGAUUGACGUGGCCGAGGAUGACUGCAAAAGAACUACACUGGCACAGCUAAAUGACCACCUGAAGUGUCAGUAUAAGACUGUCUUGCCUCUGUGCCAGUCAUGUGCCAACAAGGGGUCCAAGGUAGUCUGUCAGAGGCCAAUUCACAAGUGACUCGUAAAAAAAUUUGGGCAGGUUUUGAGUAUGACUGGCCAGAAACAUACGAUGGGACCAUGGAGGUUUACUGUGUGUUGAAGGGAGGUCCGCUGCCUGAAAACAUCACAGUGGUUGAGAUGGGUUACAUCGGAGGAUUAUGCACUGCUAACGAAGUUGACAUUGAUGAGGAGUACAUUCUCCUCUUGACUCGGAGGGGCAACAGUACCUUCCAGCCAGACGACGUGAACGUCCAAACCGCGGUCAUCCCGGCCACACAGGACAACCUGGACAUGGUCGCCUUGACAUGUGGGCUGCCCAACUUCACUCGUCCGCUAGGUGACGCUAGAAACUCACCAGAGCAGAGAGGUUGUCCCACCCAUCCAAACGAGUCCGGAGAACAGUGUAUUUAUGCAGGGGCAGCAUCACAUGUUGUGACGUCCGCAAAUAUCAUAAUAUUUUUGCACUUUCUGCUUUUAGCAUUGAUUUGAAACCCAGUAUAAAUUCAUCGACAGCACAUAGACAUGACGCUUUGUUUACUUACAUUAACGUUACAUAGUUUUGUAUCAACAGUCAGUAACGGUGUGAUGGUGGUUUAAAGGACAGCAUCAGAAAAUCCUCAAUUCAUUAUUUUCCAGUAGUUUACUCAUUAUAAAGUUGAUGUACGUCAAUUUUUACAUUGAUCCGCCUAAUAUGACCAUGUAGACACGUAUGAACUUCGCGCUGUCCUCCUCUCCCCGCCGCGCUGGGCCAUGCCUCGUUCUGAUCAUCUGACGUCACAGAUCAGAAACUUCUGACCAGCCAUUUUGCUCGGUGAACCUCAGUCAUACAGUCAGCAGACUUUGCUACUUUAUACAAGUAAAGAUUCGAAAAAAAAACACAAUUUAAUGGAACUAUGGUAUACUUAAAAAAUAAAUAAAUAAAGAUCAGCUAUGUGCACA